GUUUGGGGAACGCACAUCGCGAACUCGGCGACGUCGUUAACGUUGAUUCCGGUGGCCUGAAGACAAGACUUGUGCUCCUUUUUGUUGUAUUUUCUUUUUUUUUUUUUUGAGUGAACAUCUGGUGUCUAUCAAUCGGCAAGAUGUCCAGUAAUGUCCCGGCGGAUAUGAUAAAUUUGCGCCUCAUCUUGGUAAGUGGGAAAACAAAAGAGUUCCUGUUUUCUCCCAAUGAUUCUGCUUCUGACAUUGCAAAGCAUGUGUAUGACAACUGGCCAAUGGACUGGGAAGAAGAGCAGGUCAGCAGUCCAAAUAUUCUACGACUUAUUUAUCAAGGACGAUUUCUACAUGGCAAUGUCACAUUAGGAGCGUUAAAACUUCCUUUUGGCAAAACAACAGUGAUGCAUUUGGUGGCCAGAGAGACACUGCCAGAGCCAAACUCUCAAGGUCAGAGGAAUCGGGAAAAGACGGGCGAGAGUAACUGUUGUGUGAUCCUGUAAAGACUGUCUGCUAAGUGUGAUGUGACGUCACCCUUGUCUUCCAUGCCCCCGGGACAGAAGAGACCCCACAUUGCGUCAGGAACCCUUAGCACAUCUGCCUGCAAAGCCAUGGAGUGAGUGGUCACAGGAGCACUGUCAUCUUUUCUCGUGAAAGUAAAAAGAACCAAGAACAUGUUUCACUAUGACUUUUAUUUCUAGUACUUUUGUUUGUGUUGAGCAGUUUUAAAACAUUGGUUUUUGAAUGCAGUCCAUCUUCAGGGGAAAAGUUAACAAGUUACCUUUCAUAGCAGAAAUGAUUUUGCUGCCACAAAAAAUGCGAUCACCAGAACUAACAAAUCAAGUGUUCCAAAUACAGUUUGCACUAAACAAGUUUGAUUGUUUUCUUCACCAGCAGAGUUUAUAGCAUAGUUCAUGGUACCCAGAAAUUCUCAUAUAUACAGUUCCACACUGGAAAACACUCAGCAACUAAUGACCUUAAUUACUGGGCCAACUGGAGAGGAAAAAAUGGACAAGAAACUAAACUGUUUGGUGGAUUCUACCACAGUCAGCCAUGGUGGCUUCACUGGCACAGAACACUAAAUGGAGGGUGACGGCCUCAGUGCCGCAAAUGAAAAAACCAAAUGUGCCUGUUUAAAGCACUCAAUAGAGAUCUGGUGAGCAAAUGGUUUUUCCUUUAACAUGUGCCCUCUCCAGUCAUAAGUAACCGAGAGCUUGUUCACGCAGCACAAAAGGGGUGAGUGUGUUUCCUAGCCUUAAUGUGGGAGGGGGAAGUUCCAAUCACUCAUAGACUUUCAUUGUUGUGCAGAAAUAUUAGGAAACCUCAUUUACUGUUCAAUUUUAUGUAUUCGAAUAUCAGCAGUUUGACUUUUUUCAUAAUUAUUAUUGCUCAUCUGUGUCCACUGUCACACUCACUCAUUAGAAUUCAGAUGAAUUCUUAAAAUGAAAAAAUUCUCCUCAGUAACUAAUUUGUUUCUUCAUGUAGUUUGCAUUUGGUGUCAGUGCUUGCAGUUGUAUUAAAAUCAAAAGCUGAUUUUUUAAAAGGCAUACGCAAUUCAGGAUGCCUUUGUUUUGUUUUGUACCAAUAACUUAAAAUUGAUAUGCUCAAAACAAUUUGCACAGCACUAAAGCAUGAGCAGUUUCAUCUAAAUCUGUAAAAACAUAAAAGAUUUUAUAUUUUUUCACUGGGAAGGAAUUCUUCCUGGAUGAAAUUACAAAUAUGUGUAGAAUAUAUUUAAUAAAAACUUAUAAAAUACCUAACUAUAGAACUUACAUAUAGAUUGGGGUGUAGUGUGUAGAACAAUGUUCCAUAUAAAUAAUUUAGCCUUUAUAACAAUGAAGUUACAAGCUGACACAUUCUGUACUUAAAUGAGUGUCCAUGGUCCUUACAAGCAUUGAGUGUAAAUGGUUUCAAACGGUCAGCUUCGUUUAGAGUGAUCAGGUUACUUUACUCAUUGUUAAAGCAUUGAUGAAAAGGCUUUCUAUGCAGUGGAGCUACGAAAUAUUGUUCAUACUGAUCAGAAAUUUGUAUAGAGCAGAGUUUUAAAAAGAGUGUAAAUAGCACUAAACAUUUUCUUUCUGCAACCUGUACUUAUAGAUUCUUUCUGUAAACUAAAUAAAAAAAUAUCAUCGUGCGUUUCGGUUAUAAUAUUAAAAGGUCUUAAUUAGGUCGAUAAUUGUUUAAGCUCAGUCUCAUCCAUGUUAUAAUUGUUUUCUAUUUUUGUUUCUGAAUCUUUAAAAAAAUUCAUUUAAUUAAUAUUCCAUUGAUAGUUUUGGGAAUUAUUCAUAACAUAUCUUUGAUAUUUAACCUGAAUGAUCUGUGCACAGCCACAAUACAUAGAAUUAUGUGGUCUCUUUAUCACUAAAUGUUAUAUAAAGAGAUGUUAAAUAUUUAUAUGCUUUGUUCAUUAGCUCAAACAUGAAUUCUGUUAGUGUUGAUGAAAGAAGAAUCUGGUAGUUACUUAAUUGGGCAAUUAAGCCAUUUAUGGCUCUAUUCCUCUUUUGUAAAACAAAUUACUGGUAAUUAUUUCUAAUACCUACUUUAAUUCUAAUUACUCUCUGUUUUUCCAAAGUUAAAGACUAUCAGCUAAUUGUGAUUGAAUUUUUACAAUGGUUAAAAAUAGUCUCUAUUGGUUUUCAAUAUAUUUUUCUGUGUUCCCACAUUAUAAAUUUCCCUUUCACAAGACCUCAAUUUAGAGUUUGCAAAACGGAUAAACUUGUUUAUUAGUAGAGAAAGAAUUAUAUCACUUAAUACUUAAUAUCAUUGUUAUGCAGAAUGAAAAAAAGAAUAAAAACUAGCAGUAAAAUUAUA